CUGUUGCCGUUCACUCGUGCGACCCGGUGUACCAAAACGCGCGCACCCCGAGACCCGGGCGGGACUUCCUUUCUGUUGCGGAUGCGAUAUUAGGGUGAGCAGACAGAAAGGGCUUGGUCGGGUUGUCACUGGUCUGUCUGUGUGCGUCUGGGUAGCAGAUAACCGGGCUGACGACGUCGCCGCCACCGCCGCCGCCGCUGCUGCCGCUGAAGCCUCGUAGAUGAAUCUCCUCCUCGGCUAUGCUGCCCUGAGAGCGCCGCGAGUAUCCGCCCUGCCAACAUGUCUGAUGUCAACAAGACUAUACAGAAAUGGCACGCCAGUUUUAAGAAAGGCACAGACUUUGACUCGUGGGGACAAUUAGUGGAGGCUAUAGACGAGUACCAAAUUCUGGCGAGACAGCUGCAGAAAGAGGUCCAGUCAACAAAUUCGUCAGACUUCACAGAGGAGCAGAAGAAAACUUUAGGAAAGAUUGCAACAUGCCUGGAGAUGAGAAGUGCCAGUUUGCAGUGCACACAGUCAAAGGAGGAGUUCAAGUUGGAAGAGCUGAAGAAACUGGAAACCAUAAUUCAAAAUAUACUGACCUACAACAAAGAGUUUCCCUUUGAUGUCCAGCCAGUGCCCUUAAGGAAAAUCCUCGCUCCCGGUGAAGAGGAGAACCUGGAACUGGAGGAGGAGGAGGAGGAUGCUGCAGCCGGAGCAGGUUCUACAGAGACUUUCCCCCCUCGAGCCCCUGCUUCGCAAGGUACAUUGUUGCCACGGUUACCCUCAGAGCCUGGGAUGUCCCUUCUUACUAUAAAGAUUGAAAAAAUUGGGCUGAAGGAUGCCGGGCAGUGUAUUGAUCCUUACAUGACCAUUAGUGUCAAAGAUUUGAAUGGUGUUGACUUGAACCCAGUGCAGGACACACCUGUGGCAACCAGGAAGGAAGACACCUACAUCCACUUCAGUGUGGAUGUGGAAAUCCAGAGACAUGUGGAGAAAUUACCUAAAGGAGCAGCUAUCUUCUUUGAAUUCAAGCACUACAAACCUAAAAAAAGGUUCACCAGCACAAAAUGUUUUGCCUUCAUGGAAAUGGACGAGAUCAAACCCGGCCCCAUCGUAAUCGAACUGUACAAGAAGCCCACGGACUUCAAGAGGAAGAAAUUGCAGCUUCUAACAAAGAAACAACUCUAUCUCCAUCUUCAUCAGACCUUACAUAAGGACAGCUAAGUCUGAGCACAACUCGAACUUUGAACCACCUCGUUUUAUCUCUUACAUCUGCAUCGAGCAACAUGUGGUGUUCCACCUCAUCACAUCCAGCAAUACCAAAUCAAGGUUGUAGUCUUCUUUUUUUCCAUAGGUAUAUAAAGAAAUAAAGGGAACUGAGCCAAACAGUCACAUCAGCUCAGGCUGCCACAUUAGUUUUACAUUUUUGUAGUCUUUGAUUUUAACUUCUGUUUAAGGAAACCCUCCUCGCCCUUAAAAUAAGUUUGAUUUGCCUAGAGACACAGGGAUUUCAUUUUUCAGUACAGUUAUGUUAAAACAGGUAAACCCUCUCAUCUCAUCAGUCUUCCUUAGCUCACUGAUUUUUGGCAAACAAACACGAUGUGAGUUAUUGCAGGUGCUUAAUGGAGUUUGACGUGCUAGGAUAUGUUUCUGCUGUUGGACUUCGGACUCUCAAGUUGAAUUUAGCAAAACAUUAAAAGCAGCCUCAGUGGGCUUGUUGGUGAAGUCACAGUAGUGUUUGCAGUCAUUCUCUGAAUAAAUAACAUGCAAAGAGCAACGCUGUUUGCUCUAUCAAGCCACCAAAAGUCCCUCAACUCCACUCUCAUGGUGCAGAAUGGUUUAAGGAGUUUGGAGAGUGCCAUAAUUAGACUUUUAUAGUGUUUAAUUAUUAUCAUUGAAAUCAGUAUAUUUAAAAAGAGCCGUUACAAAACUGGUUAAUAACAUUAAAAUAACAAUAAAUGAGAUUGGAUUAGAUUCAUUAAUUAAAAAUUCAAUCUGCUUAAAUUAUUAACUGAGUUAAAAACUGAUUUAGUUUUCAAAAGGCUAUUAAAUGAAACUUUUACUAAAAACAUUUUCACUUUUGUGUCUGCCUAUCAUAAACAGUACUAUGCCACAGUUUGUUUUCUGCUUUAACGUUCAGUUUCCAUUUUGUGUUUUCUUUAAUGUUAACCUGCAUGAACUGUUUUUUCCCACCACUUGGGGGCAGCAGAUACAACUUGUAAGCACAUCACUGACAUACACAACCUUUCAUUUGAUAAGGUGAAUUUUCUGCUUAUUCAACCAGAAGAUGCAAAGCAACAUUUGCAGAUAUUUUGAGUUGUGUUUGUGUCCACCUGAUGAAUGUAAGCCAAACAUUUUUAAUUGUGUUUUAGCUCUGUUUUGGUCUCCACCAACAUCUGAUGGAAGCAUCUGACUCUUGAGCUGCUGAAUUCUCCAUCAUGCUCAGUAGCUAGCUAUCAGCUAGCUGUAGGGUUGGGUUUGUCAUUGCAUUUUGUCAUUUGACUUUAAUAAUUAAUAUAAAAACAUUGACUAUUGCAUCGGAUUUAAAGCAGCAGACUCUCUGAUUUACCAGGUUUUAUGUGAUGGCAGGAGUCCAGCCAAUCAGAGGCCUCUCUGCUGUUAUGUUGGACAUCUUCUAACUUUUAGUAGGGUUAGUGCUUACAAAACCUUAAAUUCAAGAGCUGUUUUUUAUAUUACAGAUCUCAUGAAAUGGAAACUGUUAAAUGUUUAUAAUCACAUAUAAUUACAACUAUAUUAAACACGAAAAAGUCCAGUUGUCCUGGUGGCGCACUCAGACUCUGUAAUGGUUUGGUGUUUCAUCAAAGACAGUAUUCAGUUCAUUAGUGGCAUUCAUAAUUUUAAGUGGUGCAGUUAUGUUUUAUUUUAUAUAUUUUUGUUUAUUGGCAGAAUUAUCAGAAUAUUUCACAGGUUUGAUUUAACAGCCAGAUUAUUUUAAAUGUCCUCAUAAUUCUGACAGUCCUCAUGUCAGUGUUUAUGCUUCAGUAUGUAUUGGUUUUGGUUUGUUUAAAUAUGGUUUCAUAGGGUUUUAUCAAUGCACAAACAGUAAGCUGGAUGCAGCAUUCUGUGGAUGUGUAUCCUGUAUUCAAUGUGAGCAUUUGGUCACAGCCCAGAUGUUAAAUACUGUUUUGUUUUUUUGUUUGUUUUUUUUUUAAAGCAAGCAGAAAUGCAGAAGUAUGGAAGUAUGUCACCUACCAGGAAGUGUUUUUAAUCUAGUGUUACUUUGCAGGUCAGAUGUUUCAUGUAUACGGUUCUAUUUGUCCAGUGCUUACAUGUUGAGAGGAUGCAUCUUUAGUGGGAGUAUAAGGACAGGAACUGCGCUCCUGGACUGACUUUUUAAGAAUCGCCUUUCUCUGAAAACCAAUUUGCUUUCAUUUUUGAAAUUUCACGUCACCCUGUUAUAAAGGGCUUUUUUAAAACUGAAGUUGCAUGUAACUUUAUGUUUCCAUCCUGAUUUCGCAGGUAUUCCUCUUCACUAAAACAUCUGCAUUGUAAUGUUUGAUUUUAGAUUUUAUUUUUGUAAUGUCACAAUAUCCAGGACUGUAAAUUAACUGUAAGAUACACUAACUGAUGAAUAUACAGUUGCUGUGUGUAUGUAUGAAGCACUAUGAUGUGGUAGGACUGUGGAGUGUUUUAGUUUUUGAAGACAGACUGAGGGAAACUGUAUCAAACAUUUACAAUGCUUUUAAUUUCUAAUAAACUACAAAUUAAGCAG